GGGUCUGGAAUUUGGUUCUCUUUCCUCAGACCGAAAAGGUACCUAGUACCUGCACCUAUACUUGACAAGUCUUGAAUUUUCCUUGCAAUAGUCUUUAUGCUUCCGCUCUCAAACAGAUACAUCAUGUUGCUUGUGUUUAUACAAACAAAGCACGGGGAGCAUUUUCCGAAUUAGAAGAAAAAAAGCAUCUACAAUCUUCAUUUCUAGUCACUACCACCUUUAAACCACUACGAGAUCAGCUUGUGCACACACACACACGCACACACAAUGAACCAUCCAAAGUAAAACAACCAACACAAUAAUCGACAGACCCAAUAUUUGCUGACUGUAUUGCAAAUAAAUGACAUGAAAUAACAUCAUCUUGGCAACCAACUGUUAUCCAACAAGCACUACUUCCAACCCCCUAUAUCCCAAUGAAUUCUUACACUCUUUCGACCCCAUCAUUCACACAAUCCAUCUAGCAACAACUCCUCACUCCAUCACAACCAAGUAAUUCCUAAACCCCCUCCAGAAUGCCCUGGCCAUUCUCUCGCAAAUAUCCCGAAAAAUCCCCCGAAUAUGCAGACGAGAAAGAAUACGACUAUAUAAUAAUCGGAGGCGGAACCUCCGGCUGUGUUCUCGCCUCCCAACUCAGCAUCUCCACAACCCACAAGAUUCUCCUCCUCGAACGCGGUCCCGCAAAUGAUACCUUUCUCUCGCGGAUCCCGCUUCUUUCCUCUAACAUUUACUCUCCCUCCUCCGGCGCCAAAUCUUGGAUUUGUUCUCCUAUGAAACAUUGCAAUGAUCGAGAGUCUCUGGUCUUUCGAGCGGAACUGUUAGGGGGAGCUAGUAGAGUGAAUAGUGAAGUAUAUACUCGAGGCACGAAGGGAGAUUAUGAAGGCUGGAAGGAGAUGGGAUGUGAAGGAUGGGGGUGGAAAGAUGUCGAGCCUUAUUUUCAGAAGAUGGAGAGAGUUGUAGGGGAGGAUGUUAAGGGGGCGGAAGAGCGAGAGAGAGGCACCCAGGGACAGUGGGGGAUGAAAUCUUUUGGGUAUGAGGAGUGGGGAUGGAAGUGUUUGAGAGUUUUACUGAUGCAGCUGACAAAAUGGGAUUUUCUCGAAUUCCUGAUACGAACGUGGAAAAUGCAUCGGUUGAUGGAUUGGCUAUGAUAUACAACACAGUCACUGAAGACAGAAAACGAAAUUCCACUUUCCAUUCUUUUCUUGCGAAAGAAGUUGCUCUUGAGCGAGAAAAGCAUUUGACGAUAUGUACUAACACUACUGUACAUCGAAUUGAAUUUUCAGACGACAACGGAGUUCUUCGUGCUAGUAAAGUUAUCUUUGGUACUUCUGAUCCAACAUCCACCAAGACUUUUGAAGCCACGGUGAAGAAAGAAGUAAUCAUUUGCUCUGGUGCGCUAGGUUCGCCGCAAGUGUUGAUGUUGAGCGGCAUUGGUCCUCGUCAACACCUCGAAGAAGACAAAAUCAAAGUCAUCCACGACCUACCGGGAGUUGGUUCCAAUUUCACCGAUCAUCCAAGUAUUCCCGUUGCAUGGGAAAUUCCAAUUUCCGAAUCCAUCAUCCAAGUCGCCGUAUCCCCCCUCAAAGCCAUUCUCGAACUCGGCAAAUAUCUUCUCUUCAGAACCGGUAUCAUGAGUCUUCCAUCUCAAACAAUUGGUUUCUUCAUCCGAUCGCAAUCCCUCAAUGAGGAUGCCACCGGACCACGCAUCAAAAAUCCUUCAUCCCCAAAUUUCAAAUCUUCACCCACAGAAACACCUCCUCUUCAUCACUCAAAUCCCCAAAAUGUAGCCCCUGAUAUCGAAUUAAUACCACUCGCCGUAAGCGCCACGGACGACAUGGAAGAACACCAAUCCAAAUUUUCCAAAAUGGGAAUCUUUUGUAUCCUCGCUACAAUCUGCAAUCCCCUAUCUCGCGGCAGCGUACGUCUUACUUCUCCAUCCCCGCAUUCCUAUCCUGCGGUUGAUUUCGGCAUCUUCUCUAAUCCAAACGAUAUAAUCCUCGCCCGACGCGCCGUUCAUCUCGCGCUUGCUUUCGGCAAAACCAUGCUUUCUUCCGGAUUUCCUCUCCUGCGUCCCGUAACCUUCUCAUCCGAGUCUCAAGAUCUCGAUGUCGAGAAUGGAAACCAUGAAGAAAUGGAUAAAUUCAUACGUAAUAGAGUACGAAAUACGUUCCACUAUUCAUCGACAUGUCGCAUGGGUUCUGAGACCGAUGAAAAUGCUCCUGGGGUGGUAGAUAACGAACUGCGUGUUCAUGGGGUGAAAGGUGUGAGAAUUGCGGAUGCGAGUGUUUUUCCUAAGAUUGUGAGUCAUCAUACCAUGGCUCCUGCGGCAAUGGUUGCAAUAAGAUGUGCCGAUUUCGUGAUGGAUGCAGAGAAUCAUGAUUGA